AUGGCCCCAAUGUAUGCUAAUAGUUAUAUGUAUAUAUUCAAACAAGAACAUAUCCUCUCACAAUUCCAUGAAAGUAUAUUGUUUUACCGUCGUUUUAUCGACGAUAUCAUGAUUAUUUGGAACAAUGUGGGACCCACUCCAAACCAAAUGCUUGAGAUCAUUAAUAAUUUGGACACGUCAGUUCGCCUCACGAUGACUACAAGUGAGGAACAGAUUGACUUUCUAGAUGUUCGUGUGUACAAGGAGGAUGGCAAAAUAGCCUACACCCUAUUCAAUAAAUUAACUGAUAGGAAUACACUCCUGCAUGCUGAAAGCCACCAUCCAAGACAUCUUAUCAAUUCACUUCCUCAAUCACAGUUUAUGAGGGUAAUUCGAAACAAUUCUAAUGUGGCAAAUAUAAAGAUUCAGCUACAAACUAUGUGGGACAAAUUCCUUGCACGGGGUUACAACCCCAGAAAUUUAUCAAAAGCAUUGGACAGGUGUUAUGAAACACCAGUACAACGGACAGACACAAGAGAAAGAUUGGUCUUUCCUGUAACGUACACUACCAUAUCGGACAACAUUAAACAACCAGUGGAUAGAAAUUGGAGAAUAUUACAAAAUGAUACCAGUUUACCAUCACAGUUUAAACAACGCCCAAUGAUGUGCUAUCAAAGGGGUAGCAAUUUGAGGGAUUUACUGGUUAAAACUGAUCCCACUCAUUGUUAUAGCCAACCAACUACCUACCAGAAUGCGGGGUGUUACAGAUGCUUGGGCUGUGUGACGUGUAGUCAUAUGAUUCCCAGCAAAUCGUUUACUCACCCUCAUACAGGGAAGAAAUAUCUAAUAAGACACAGACUCACCUGUACAAGUGAGUAUGUCAUCUACAAAUUGGGGUGUCCUUGUGGUUUGGCAUAUGUGUGGAAGACUGAGUUACCACUACAUGAAAAAAUUCGGAACUAUCGAUUGAGUAUACGCAUCGCAUACAGGGAUAAAGGAUCAGAACUACCGGUUGCGAAACACUUUUUGGAAUUUAACCAUCCUCUCCCCACAAUGAAGUUUUUGGCGAUUGAUCAUAUUCCACAACCGCUGAGGGGUGGUGAUCGUAAGAAGCUCUUACUACGAAGGGAACUAUACUGGAUCAGAACUUUAGACACAUUGCAACCCAGAGGAUUGAAUAAAAAAUAUACUCUGGGGGUUUUUCUAUGA